UCAAUUAUUGCGAAAUUCUCCCAUAGAAACUUCUUUCUUCGUUCAUUCUUCAUUCUUCAUUCCAAUCAAGAGGGAAAAAUGCAUCUAUGGCCAUCGACAAGGAUCAGAGACUCUUUCAAGCAUGCUUACAUCAAAAAGCUGGAAUGGAACCUCCACAGAAUGAAAAUUCAAAAGCAACAGCAGCAGCAAUCUUCGAGCAAGCAGAACUUGCUGGAUAAAGAACAAGCUUCUGAUGCUGAUGGCGAAACAGCAGAAAACACGAAUCUGGUUUCUUUUGGUGGUCGAGUACUCGAUUUCUGCUCAGAAGCCCUGCUUCUUCUCUCCUGUUGUUACUGCUGCUAUUGCUGCGGAGCUUGCCUCUCCGAAGAUGAAGAACAUUGAUGCUGAUGUAGAGGAUAGAUGCUUAGAAUUGAUCAAGGAAACUGAUUGAUGCUGCAUCCAAAAUGAUAUUUACAGUAUCUGUUCUGUAGCGUCUCAUGUACAGGUAAUCCUAGCAUCAUUGAUCGUUGGUAUAUAUUGAUCUAUUUUUCCGUUUAUUAUGUUGAUUUCAUUAGACAGAUAACUCUUGGAAAAACAUGUGCAGUCAAAAGAAAAUUGUGAAUCUAGUAAAACUAAUGUCUUCUCGAGACAUGUUU